AUGGAUAAUAUUGAAAAUAAAUAUCCAAUUAAUAUUUAUCUUCAAAAAUAUUUAAUUAAAAUUAUAUGUAAUCAUAUAAAUAAAAAAAAUCAAAAAAAUAAAUUAUGUUGCAUAGAAAAUAUUAAAAAAGAUUUUAAAGUUAAAGAAACUAAUUUUAUUUUAACACUUGCCUUGGUUUGUAAAAGUUGGUUCAAAACUUUAUCAAAUAAUUUAAUUGUUUCAAAAGAUUUCCAUGGUUUAACAUUUAAUGAAAAAGAGAGUGAAUUAUCAAUUCUAAAAAAAGAUAAUAUCUCAAUACUAAAGUUGAAUCAAUAUGAAAAUGAUGAUCAAUUUCAAUUUAGAUUAAAAAAUAAAAUAAAUCAAUUAAAAAAUUUGGAAAAGAUUGUUGUUUGUAGAUAUUUUUCACAAAAAGAAUUAAUUAGAACUGAACAAACAUUUAAUUUGGAAUUUUUAAAUAAAGUUUUCAAAUCAUCAUCACAAUCAUCACCACUUCCACCACCACAAUCAUCACCAUCUUCGUCAUCAUCUUCAAGUCCAUCAUCGCAAAUUAAUGAUACAAUUAAAAUUGAUUUACAUAUUAGUCUUUAUUGUAAUAUAUUCGGUUUUCCAGAGAUACCUCAUGCAACUAAUUGCCAAUUUAAAGUUAAUAAAUUGAAAAUUGACUCAUGUUGUGAUGAUGAAAGUUCAUUUGCAAUUAUGGAUUAUAUAAAGUAUUUUAAUCCAAAUAAAUUAUCAAUUGUUCCAUCACCAAGUCAUCAUCCAUCAACAAGACAGCAUGGAGGUGGUGGUGAUGAUGGUGAAACUCCAGAUCCACAUUUUAAAUAUAAGAAACUCGUUGAUUAUACACCAGGAACCAAAGUUUUCUCAUUCAUGGAAAAAUUAUCAAUUUCAAAGGUAUCCCUUCAAGAUGUUUUAUCGAUUAAAGAGAUUUAUUACAUUUUAAAAUCUUUACCCAAAUUACAAUCUCUUUCAUUCCAAAUGUGCCAAAACUCAAUGAUCUACAAGUUUACAGAGAAUGAAUUAUCAAAACAACGUCCUAUUUUCUCAUGGGAGAAACCAGAUUUUUAUUUCUACUUUGAAAGAGUUAGAGAUAUGCUUAUUAAUCAUAAACAUUUAUCUGCACUAUCAAUUGGUACAGCUUGUAAAAAUAAAUGUUGCAAGGAAUUAAAACAACAGUUAUCUGAAACUUCAAAAUUUACUGAAACAUUCUCUCAAAUGAUUUCUUCAAAUAAUUCUUUAAAAUCAUUGUCAUUAUUAAAUUUUAAUAAUAGAGAAAUAAUUGAUAAUAUUUCAGCAUCAAAAAAAAUUCCAAUUAAAACAAUUAAAUAA